CGCUGUCCGGGGAAGUGCCGACGAUCCCCGUCGCAAUUUCUACUUUUUUCGAAGUUGUCAGUACAGUUUUUGUUUUAAAGUUCCCAAAAAAGUUUUAUGUGACCAGUCUUCUAUUCCGGCGGACUCCGAGGAUAUUAGACUGCGAUCGGCGGUGUAGUUUGUUCAGUUGAUUGUGUUUUUUUUUGUUAUUGUUCAGUUUUUUUGUUUGGUGCAUCGUGCCUGAGCCGGCGGUCCCGCCGAGGCGCUGCCUGGACGCGCGGCAAGAGACCCAAAGGACAAAGCCUUUAGGGCGUGUAGUUGGCGUGGUGUCGAGCGGUCCCCGCUCCAACCGUCAAGCUGGCUGCCAGCGCGUUGAGCAUGAACCCGCACUACCACGGGUACGCGGAGCUCAGCUCGCCGCACCCACCCUCGCCAGAGGCGGCAUUCACCGCCAACGGACACGACUACCCACACAACAACAACAACCCAGCCCUCAAAGAGUGCGCGGGAUGCGGCGGCAAAAUCGUAGAAAGAUUCCUACUACACGCGUUAGACAGAUACUGGCACCACGGGUGUCUAAAAUGCACGUGCUGUCAGCAGGCGCUAGCGGACAUGGGACGGUCCUUCUACUUCAAAGGAGGGAUGAUAUUAUGCAAAAGCGAUUAUACGAGAAUGUUCGGUUCAGGCGGCGCGUGCGCAGCGUGCGGGCAGGCGAUACCCGCGAGCGAAUUUGUGAUGCGAACGAACGCGCCGCAGCAGCCGCUCCACGUCUUCCACAUAAAGUGCUUCGCGUGCUCGAAAUGCGGCUCACACCUCAUGCAGGGCGAUAGGUAUUACAUGCUCGCGGGCUCACUAGUGUGCGAGCAGGAUUGGCAGAAGCUGAUGAAGAGCGCGAACGCGGCGACGCCCGGCGCGCCGGUGCGCAAGGGCAAGGUGGGCCGCCCGCGCCGCUCGCGCGAAUGAGCCGCGCCUGCGCCGCCGCGCGCGCCGCAACACUCGCACAGGGACUAUGAGGAGAUGAUGGCGUGUUCGUACCUGAGCGCUGCCGGCAUGAAACCGGAGCCAGGCGCGUGCUGGCCCGCGCUACCGCUACCCGGUACCUCGGAGCUACCGCUGCCGCUACCCGGUACGGAUCCGGCGCCCGCGCCGCCGUACCGCGCGCCUGCGCCCCCCCACCCGGAGCCGGCUCUCGAUCUCAGCACCCCUCACCCCCCGCGUCACACCCCGCCGCGCGAACACGAGUGACCAGUGUUGCCAGACUAUCGAAAAUUAUUACUUACGAGUAAUAAUUUUAACUGUUAAUUUAAAAAGUAACGUACAUAUUUAAUUUCGGUUGUGAAAAUGGCAAUUUAUGUAAAUUCGCUUUAAUGGUUCCCCAUUAAGCUCUGGUAGUACUUAAGCGUUGGACGAGAUGUGUUUAACACAACGCGUUUCUACUUAAAAGUGAUAAUGAGAUGUUGAUGUAUGAAAACAAUGACGACAUAUCGUAUGGUAUUUAAACGAACUUUGCUAAUUACCUGCCUUAUUUCGAACGUCAGUUAAUACCAUCAUAAAUAUACGAGGUACUUGAACAAAGUUAUGUUAAUUAAUUUAAUUAUAUUUAAUUACUUAUGAACAAAAGCAGACACCUUUAGUUUCCAACAAUGUGUACUAGAGGUCUUAAGUUAGCAAAAUUCAGUAAUUGACCUAUAUGUAAAAAAUGUUUCAUGAUGGUUUUUAAUUAUUUAUAAUACUUCGUUAAAAGUGUCAUAUAAACCCUUAAUUAUCGAACAAUUAUUGUUACAUUAAUAAUGAUUGAAUUUCAUAAAUCGGCGGAUAAAUUUAAAUAUACUGUUUCAAACUCACUAGAAAUCAUGAACGCUCGUAGUGAAUAAAAACUUUCAGCAACGUUUAUUUAUAAUGGAGUUUGUUCCUGCGUUUAAAUCAAUACGCUUUUAACGCGAGAUCAAACUGGACGAUAUUUUGUUAUUGCCACCAUUUAUGUUAUUGACAUGAUAUAGUAAAAAGAGAGAAGUAAGUUUUCAUAUCGUUACUUUGCCAGAGUAACAGUGGGAAUAUUACAAACACGACUUACUCUUUCUCUUUUCGCUAUGGCGUCCAUCGAAAUAAUGAAUGAGUCAGUGCUCUCCGGUACUAGGUGUGUCCACUGGUGCCAUCUCUUGCCAGUGGUUAAUAUUAUUUAUUGUAGCUCCUUACUUUAGAGUCUUGUUUUACGCACGCGUCUCUGUGAUUUGCUAUCAUGCUCUGUAAAUAAUAACAUUAAUUCUCGAAUAAAUUUGUUAUUUCGUAUAUAAACGACGAGCUGUUACUUAAACUUCGAUAUGAGCCCGUUAAUAUUAUUCUUUUAAAUUGUAAAUAUUAGUAUAAACAUCUAGAUGUAAGUAGAGACAUCGUGUACCUAAAACUUUAGGCGCAAAACUUCGUAGCAAUAAUUCGAUGCCAACAUCUUUGAAGUAAAAAUUCGAGUUACUAACAUUCUCUGUAUAUAUUGAGCUAAGUUUUACCAGCAAAUAAAUUUGUGCGAAUCAAAAUUUUAAAUGUAAACCUACAGUUAAUUGUAUGUAAGUUAUCUUAAACGCUAACAUUCCUUUUCGUGUAAGUGUAAUUCAAAUACAUGGCUAUAUACUUGUUAUUUUGUUUUUAAACUUUUUUGUAUUCUACAUUUAUUCUAGAACAAUGACUAUCGAUUUCAAUGUUACGUUAAAAUAUUAUGAAAUGUAUGGAAUGGACUGAUAUUAAUUUUAGGUAACUAUUAACAGUAUUUACCGUCUCUAAUAUGCAUGUAAAUGUCUUAAUUUUAUCCAGUCAUUAUUACAAUAGAAACUUUAAUUGUGUAAAAUGAUCAGUGUUACGAUAAUUCAAAUCGAUAUAAUAUCUGGGAUAUGUAUAUGUAAUGUUAGCGUUUAGUGAAUCUUGCCAUCUAACGAUACGUAAUGUAUAAGGAACGAACCAGGUUUCAGGCACAUAAUAUAACUGUAUACUAACCAUGAAUAAAAUAAAACUAGUAAUUACUCAAAAGUCAAAGAUACCUGAUACACAAGUGAAAUAAAAUAACCCAAGUAGCGGCAGGAAACUCUAGCGCUGACCGUUAUUGCACAGAACUCAAAACAGGUCUCUCAGGGGGUUACAGGGGGCGAAGGGUAUGCGUCCCCAUGCGUAGCUAUCCCCUCCAUAUUUUACUCAGCGCUAAACUUACGUGCCGCUACUUGUAACAAAAGCUUGACUUACACGCCAAGAACAGGGGCGAUCGAAAUAAUGUAAAACUUAGUUGAAGGUAUGAAGGUUACUUUGACAGCGUACGCCAUAAGUCCAUGAUACUACUACAUACACCUAGUGUUCUUGGCUGUCAAAGGGUUAAAGAUCUAUAGUCAUAAAUUGUGUUACAAGCCAAUGUGUGAAAUGUUACGUAUAACAUAUAAUUGUAUGUGUCCUGAAACCGGCAGUUUUUCUAGAACAGUAAAGUUAUGGUGUUACCAGUACCUACACAAAGAAUGAACAUUGCAACUAGCCUAAGUCGGCGAUGGGAGGAGAAAAUUAAAAUUUUGUAAAUUAA